CUUGGUUGCUAUCGAACAACAACAAGGUCUGCCCUUCCUUUUUAGUCAUUGGCUUGUCACUGUGACCACAGGCCAUGUGGUCUGUGCAGCAACCAAUCACAGCGAGGCACUGCUACUUCAUUAGUGCUGACUCUUAAAGGGCCAGUGUAUUUGUUUUAUUCUAGUUCUUAUUCCCUUAUGGCAUUUCACCAUCAAUUAAUACCCGAGUUUCUCCUCUUUGCAGUCAGUCGGGCUUUUAUAUUAAGGGAGCGUGUUGUGUCUGAGUCUCCAGGGGAAAACGGAGCUGCCGGCUUUUAGCAGUCACCGCUCAGCUACCGAGUCCUCCGCUCUGUGCCAGCAUAGAGGUGCACGCAUGAAUAUUCCCACUCAGUCUCUCGCUCUCACUCACACCCUUGCUCGCACACAUAUUUUCAACAGACGUGCAUGCCGUCUCGUGGCACAUGCGCACUGGGAGGCUGGGAGCAGAGGCAAGCACAGACGCGGGCAUGCACGCGCCUGCAGCCACACUGCCUGAUUAGCUUGCGAGAGCUGUCUACAGCAUCCAGGGAAAUGGUGCAAGUGGCAGAGCAUCGGAGGAGCGACGGCAGCCCGAAGCGGCGGGAUUAGACCUCCGGCUGGUUCCGCCAGCUGUGGCAUGGAUUGACUCGGAGAAGGGGCCGGACGACGGGCGGCUUGAGCGACCGCGGACCGACUGUGUGCUGCUGGGAGCGGCGUUAGACAGAGCCGACGAGCUGAUGCACCGGCAGGACUGGGCCGGGCCUCUGGAUCCGUACUGUGGGGGAGGGGCGGCCGAUGCAGGGAGAGGGAGCGUGUUUUUCCAGACCACAUCUUUCGUGUGAUUGUUCGAGCUGACUGUCUGCUACAGGCCUGCUUGCAUCCCUCUUUGUCUCUUUCUGAAUCUCCCUCCUUCAUCCUAUUUGUCCUUGUUUGUCUCGUGCUGUCAUCAUCACCAUCCUCAUCGUUUGUUUGCCCCCGUUUCCCUCACAUGAUGUCCCCGCUUUCAUCUGAGCUCGCUUUACCUCCAUCAUUCGAUGCUACUCUCAUCCUCGUCCCCUGCUGUCACCAACUCCUCAUUCCUCUCACCACCAUCAUCUGAAUUUUUCAUCGCUGUUUGUUAAGCAGGUCAGCUCUCGCGGCAUCAUUUUCUUUGUUUACACCUUUUUCACAAUCCCACUCAUCUCCUCCAUCGGCUCCUCUGUGUGCCCUUCAGGCAGUUCGUUGCUCCCACUCGCGCUCUGUUUCCCUCCAUCUACCUCCUUCGGCUCCCAUCCACCUCUUUUCUGCAGUGACUGUGGAUUUGGGUCACUCUGCUCAGCAAAUGGGAUGAAAUGUAGUCUCCACAGCAGCCAGAUCUGGGGGGGCUCCUGGUGUGCCCAUCAGGGGGACCCUCAUCUUUGGACCACUCUGAGGCUGGAGCCUGACUCAGGACUGACUGUGUGGCCUGCGUUGAGGUGCUGCAUGUAGGCAAGGACAGCCUGCACCAGCAGCCCCUACCCUCGUCCCUGUCCCUGUUCCUUCACCCCGUCUCGGGGCAGCCAUCACUCUGGAGUGUCCAGGCUUGACUGGCUGUGGCCUCUCCCCACGCACCCUGACGACACCCUCAUGCCACUGGGGCACCUGCGCUGCCCCCGCCCCGCUCCACUACCGCACCUCCUGCCUGUGCCAUCGGCCCAAACCGCCCGUCACCCUCAACAUGGGUGUGGUGGAGGCCAUUGACCCGGCACCAUCCCCCUGCCCCUCGCCCGUGCCAGGCGGUUACAGGCUGCCCCGCUCCUCCAGCUACGGCCCCCGGCAGGGGAGGGCGGGGGCAGAGCUGGACCUCGGUGCAGCCGCUGGAGGGGUUCUGGAGGGGGGUGGGACGGCGACGGAGCGCAGAUCACCGUUAGUGGACCUGUUCUGUGAGACCUGCUCUAGACCCUGGCUCAUCGGAUGGUGGGACCAGUUCAAGAGGAUGCUGAACAGGGAGCUGUCCCAUUUGUCAGAAAUGAGUCGCUCAGGGAACCAGGUGUCAGAAUACAUCUCCACUACUUUUCUGGAUAAGCAGAACGAGGUGGAGAUCCCAUCUCCAACCUUAAGGGAGAGGGAGAAGCCCAUGUGUCACAUCAGCGGUGUGAAGAAGCUCACGCACAGUUCCAGCCUUUCUAACUCCACCCUGCCGCGCUUCGGUGUGAAGACGGAACACGAGGAUGCGCUAGCCAGGGAGCUGAACGACUUGAACAAGUGGGGCCUUAAUAUCUUUCACGUGGCAGAAUUCUCCAAUAACCGACCCCUCAGCUGCAUAAUGUUUGCCAUCUUCCAGGAACGAGAUCUACUGAAGACCUUUCGGAUCCCCGUGGACACAUUCGUGACCUACGUGAUGACCCUGGAGGAUCACUACCAUGCCAAUGUAGCCUACCACAACAGCCUCCAUGCUGCAGAUGUCACUCAGUCUACUCAUGUACUACUAUCCACACCCGCUCUAGACGCUGUGUUCACAGACCUAGAGAUAUUAGCUGCGUUAUUUGCCGCUGCCAUCCACGAUGUGGACCACCCGGGAGUGUCCAACCAGUUCCUCAUAAACACCAACUCAGAGUUAGCCCUGAUGUAUAAUGAUGAGUCUGUACUGGAGAACCAUCAUCUAGCCGUGGGCUUCAAGCUGCUUCACGAGGAAAACUGUGACAUCUUCCAGAACCUCAGUAAGAGGCAGAGACAGAGCCUGAGGAAGCUUGUUAUUGACAUGGUGUUGGCAACAGAUAUGUCCAAACACAUGAGUUUGCUGGCAGACCUCAAGACUAUGGUGGAAACGAAGAAGGUCACUAGUUCUGGAGUCCUGCUGCUCGACCACUACACUGACCGGAUACAGGUUUUGAGGAACAUGGUGCACUGUGCUGACCUGAGCAAUCCGACGAAGCCUCUGGCCGUGUACCGACAAUGGACGGAGAGGAUCAUGGAGGAGUUCUUCAGGCAGGGGGACAAGGAGAGGGAGCGCGGGAUGGAGAUCAGCCCCAUGUGCGAUAAACACACGGCAUCUGUAGAGAAGAGUCAGGUGGGCUUCAUAGACUACAUCGUCCACCCGCUGUGGGAGACAUGGGGGGACCUGGUGCACCCUGACGCCCAGGAUAUUUUGGACACUCUGGAAGACAACAGGGACUGGUACCAGAGCACUAUCCCGCAAAGCCCCUCGCCACCUCCCGUGUGCCAGGAUAAGGAUCUAAACGCCUGUAUCGACAAGUUUCAGUUUGAGCUCACCCUCGAAGACAGCUCCGAGACAGACCAGGGAGAUAUGGGUGGCAAAGCCACACCCAACCACGUGGAUAAGGACUUCUGUCACGAGGAGGAGGGCAAAAAGGACGAUGAAGAAGACAUUAUGGUGGAGGAGGAAAACGAGGACAUAAUAGAAGAAGAAGACGAGGUGGCAAUGGAGGAAGAGGAGCUGGAGGAGGAGCAGGAGGAACUGAAAGCUCAUUUGGAAGUGAGGUCUGAAAAGGAGAGACUUUCUGACACAAGUCCUGUAGAAGAGGAGGAGGAUUCUUCUUCACAAGCUGAAGAUACAUGAGUCCUGCUCUUGCAUCUCCCUCCUCACUUGCACACAUUAGCUUGUUCAUCUUUUCAAAGGCCAAACCAAGAACAAAUAAGACUGCAAUGACAAUACAGACCUUUAAAUAUAUUUUUCAAAAAGGGAAUAAAUAAAAAAACACUUAAAGAGAAUUACACAGCAACUGUAGAUUUGGAGUUGGGACAAGUCCUUCGAAUAAUUUCGCUAUGAACUAUGAACCGAGAGGAAUUAAUGACAGGCAACUGAAGACAGCGUAGCACUCUGGGACUGGAAUGCAUAGACACAGACACACACACGUACACAAAGGGACACACACAGGAACCAGCAGCAGUAAGAAUAAACUGAUGCAAUUUGGAGACCUGCAUUCACACAACACACACACACACACACACACACACACACACACACACACACACACACACACACACACACACACACACACACGCGCACACACACACACACUGGGUCACAUGUUUCGCAACUGUGUACACGAGGGACACUGAUCAUUAAUGAAUCGUUUUGAAAAAAAAGCCAUCUCUUAACGAAAUAUGAACUAGUGUUCAGUCAGUAUUAGUAAUUCAUGUUCGUCUCAACAGAAGCGGAUCUCCUCAGAGAAGCCACAGUUCGAGUGACCUUUUUUUUUCCAUUUCUGUCGGAAAGAAAAAUAAGAGAAUUCACAGAGUCGGAGGAGGAGGAGGAGGAGAGAGAGGAAGAUGCUGCGAUGAAGGGGGCCGCUGGGUCCCACACCCCCUUUCCCUUUAUGUGGAGAGUGCUACUGGUGCAAGAUGGCUCGGUGCCUUUCUGAAACACCAGCUUCCUGAAUGGAGCUGUCGUGAAGCAAUGCAUUGUGGGACAGGAGUGUCUGAUUUUGUAAUCAUUUUUGAUUGUCUCUCUUUACUGUUCAUGGUAUUGUGGUGUGUAUCACACGUACAGUUUCUGUGGUGAUAUGUUUUAAGCUGUAAGUCUUCCUUUGUUGCUCUUCUGGUGAUAUAAUAACUCAGAACUCUAAAUGCAGAGCAAUCACUACCACCACCGCCAUCAGUGGACUCUUUCCAGCUUAUGGUUUUUUCUUAUUAGAAUGAUUUUUUUAAACCUCCUGAGAAUAAGCCAUGUGAUGCUUUAAAGCAUAGGUUUUGCCUAUUUUCUAUUUAACAGUUGCUAACUAUGUUGAAGAGAUACGCCAUUGUUUCGUCGUCAGAACAAAAUUCCACUUACGAUUUCACGCCCACUUGCACCGCACAGUGUGUUUAUGUCUCCUCAUGCGCAACGAUAUUCACCAAAGCAAAGAACGGCAAAACUUCAGUGGGUGAAGUGAUUUGAAGGAAAAUAAAUGCAUAAGAGAAUCAGGGACGCAGAAUGUCAGGGGAAAAGAGAGUGACUUGGCCUAAAGGAAGUCUGGCAGAUCCUAAUCAUCCUUAUGUUCAGUGCUUUUUUGCCUUAAUGUCAGAUGCUGGUUAAAUACCUGCAACUAUGUAGAUUUAUUAGAUAUAUAAUAGAUAGCCUAAUAUAUUUAUACCACAUCUGUAUGCUUAUUACUGUGAGUAUCAGUGUGUCUAUUCACCAUGUAUUCAGCAUUGCAUCUGAAGGGGAGACAGAAACCCAGCUGACAAUUAGUCAUUAUGUUGUUGUCGUCCUAGGGCCAACAUAAAGAAUGUGUUGUUUUUUAAUCAGGACAAUAAAAUAGUGAUUAGUUUAUAGCUACCUGGAGGGAUGCAGAGAACAAUAGGAUGUUUUGUUGAUAUAGGACGUCCAUAGUCACUGAGAAUCAAUAUUGAUGUCUUUUCGUGUGCUUGGUCACGAGUAAGCGAAACGAGAGGGCAGGAUGUUAAAGAUGCCGCCACGUGUCACUGUUCACCCACUGGCACCACCGCAUCUGGCCGUACGGUAUUUCGAGGGUGGGUCAGCGGGUCACGGUUUGUUGAGGUGUUUGUUUCUCACAGGGUAAAAAGAAAAAGAAAAAAAAAAAAGAAAUACAUACGAGAACACGAGCAUGGUUCUUCUGGAGGUAAGAGCACGUUUCUGCAGGUCAGUAACUGAGCUUAUCUGAUGACACCGCGGCUCCCUGCAACAGAAGCCCGUGUGUUUGACCUGCUCCGUCGCGGGAUGGAGCAGAGCUUCGAGGCCACCACAUAAGGCUUUCGCCUGUGGAAUGGGAAUCCAGGAGUAUUACUGCAGUUACUUUAAACAGAUUCCCAUAUGCAUUGGCCUUUUAUGUUAAAGACGCUGCGUUGUUUUUGUGGCUUCUUGUUCAUAAGCUAUAAAAACAUUAAUAUUUAAUUGCCAUACAAACACACAAUACUGUAUUGUUUCUUAUUAAGAAGAUAUUAUUCAAUUGAUUGCUGCCAUUCUUUUUAAAUGAUGAAAAGAAAACCACAAGAAGUGUUUUCUUUGAACAGUUUGUGUACAGUUUAUUUUUAUAUCAUUCUGGUGGAUAGUCGGGUAAAUGAAUCAUGUGUUGAUGAUAUAGCUACCACUCUUGUAUAUAAUGUAAUAUUGGAUUGUAAAUUAUAGAUUUAUCCAACUCAUAAUGAUGGACAAAUGACCACUUAAGGUUGUUAGGUGAACCACUGAAGCACUGCAGGCCACAUUUUCAUCUUUUCAUUCACCGACAUUAUGUCACAUUUUCUUAACUGUCGAAAUUUCUUGUUAAAAUCAAAAAUAUUUGUACCAGCACUUUAUUCCAUCUGUUUUCGAGGCAGAUUGUGUGUUUAAGGUAGUGUACAGCCUGUGCUAGUGGUUUUGUCAUUGGCAGUCAGUUGAUUAUAACGUCUUGGGCCAAAUCGCAUACCGUCAUUGUGCAGUAGUCAAUGCGAACCCCUUUUCAGAAGCAUAACCAAACAAACUAGUCAUUCUUUAUUAAAUGUCUGUGUGAAAACAGUUGUUUGACUUUCAAAGUCAAAUGUAGAGUGAAGCAGUCACAUAGGAUGUGACACUUUUAAAGGAACUACAUGUGACCUUAUGUAACUUGGCCAUUCCUAGUAGUGCACCCAUUCUGUUUCUUAGUAACUUUGACCAUUAGCCUGAUAGCCUCAGUGUCUCUCCCAUGGUGGCCUACACAGCUGGUUCCCAUUGGGGUUGCUGUCAGGUCACAGACUGACUGACUCCCUCUGAGAAUAAUUCUCUGGGCUUUAAUUCAUGUGUUUAUUCACACGUAAGAAAAAUUAUUCAAGGGAAAAACAACAUGAUUGUAAUAUUUGUAAAUGAUCUUGCUGUAAUGUGUAAAAUGUGUCCGGGUUAUUUUUUAUUAUAUUAUUUUUAUGAAGGUUUUUCCUCUUGAAAAAGCUGAGGUGUCAUUUUGUGAAUAAAUGCAUUUAAUAAGCAAACAUCUAUAUAUAAAAUAAUAUUAUAGUAUAUCAGUAUAUUUUUCUUUUAUUUCACUGUUCAGUACUGUAAAGUGUGUUAAAAUACAAAUAAAGUAAGUUUUUUAUAUUAUUAAUGCAAUAUCA